UCUCUCUCUCUCUCACACAAACACACACACACACAGCUGCUGUGUUUUGUGUCUCUGAAAUAGAAAAAAAAAAAAAAAAAUUCAAAAUUUCGCCCCAAUUUUCAUCACCAUUCAUCCAAAACGUUCGAUUUCUGGAUUCCUGAACCCGCGAUCUCUCAAUCGAACCCAAUUUCACACCCCAAAUCUCCAUGAUUCAGUUAAAAUCGAUAGGGUUUUGAGCAAACAAAAUUCUCGAAAAUGCUGGAAGUAGCUACAACGGAGAGCAAUGGCGGAUUCUCCACGCACUCGUCUCAGUUGCAGAGCUGCGGCGACAGCAGCGAAGAGGAGCUCUCCGUGCUUCCCCGCCACACCAAGGUGGUGGUCACCGGAAACAACCGCACUAAGUCGGUCCUCGUCGGCCUUCACGGCGUCGUCAAAAAAGCCGUCGGCCUUGGCGGUUGGCACUGGCUGGUUCUUACGAAUGGGAUUGAGGUAAAGCUACAACGGAAUGCUUUAAGUGUGAUCGAAGCUCCUACAGGAAACGAAGAAGACGACGACCUUGAAUUCGAACACACGCAGUGGAAUGUAUCGGAUAUGGCAUCGGAUGAUACUCAAAAGUCGUAUAGAUCAAGGCAUCGUACACAAAGGUCAUUUGGGUCGUUUCACAAGACGCUAACUCGGUCUCUCUCGCCUGACUCGCUGUCUAAAGAUUCUGUUUCUACUACAAGGGGAUCUCCGAAAGUUGACCUCAGCAAACUUGAGAUGGGUGCUUUAUGGAGAUAUUUGCGGCACUUCAAUCUCGUGGACGCGAUUCAUAACCCUACCAAAGAGCAAAUCAUUGAUGUUGUUCAAAGGCAUUUCAUGUCACAACAAAUGGAUGAGUUGCAAGUGAUAACGGGGUUUGUGAAAGCGGCCAAGAGACUGAAGAAAGUCAGGAAAUGAAUGACAUCAUUGAUCGGUCCCGUUUCUGACUACCUUAACAAAAUCGUGAUUACCUUAAUAUGACGAUGUAUAUGUGUCUCUCCGGCGAUUAUAUGAUAUAUAUCUCUUUCGUUUUCCGUAGGUUUAACUGUAGCUAUGUAGAUAUAUAUAUGUAAAAACCACUAAACUAGCCAAGCACUCGUAAGAAGACGACUAUUUACCUAGGCAAUAGCUUUGGUUCAAUGUAUUUUGCCGAUCCGAUAUAUAUUUCAAUUUCCGAUUAUAUAUAUUUCAAUUUCGAUUAU